CAGUGACGCAAUCCCGUUACGUCAACAGGAAAUGUGAACACAACAAACAACAUCGCGCUUGUGUCUUCUGUUCGCAUCUGUCUGUGUGUUUCUCUCCUGUGGAUUCGGUCGGAGUCCGACCCUAAUUAUCUGAUCUUUAGUUUAAAUUCUCAGUUUAAUUUAACCAUUAAAGUGUUAGCUGAGUGAAGCUAACCCGAGAGAGCUGCCUGUUCGGUAGCGUUAAACCAAAAUGGAUGAUAACAAGAUGGUGGCUGGUAAAGUAAAGAAACCGGGCAAACGUGGACGCAAACCUGCAAAGAUCGACCUGAAGGCCAAACUGGAGCGAAGCCGUCAGAGCGCGAGAGAGUGCCGAGCCAGGAAGAAGCUGAGGUACCAGUACCUGGAGGAACUGGUCUCCAGUAAGGAGAGAGCCAUCUGUGCUCUGCGGGAGGAACUGGAGAUGUACAAGCAGUGGUGUUCAGCCAUGGACCAGGGGAAGAUCCCAUCAGAGAUUAAAGCUCUGCUGACCGGAGACGAGCAGAAACUGCCUCCAGGGGGCAGCAGCACCAAGACGUCCAAGAACAAGAACAACAUUAGCAGCAGCAACGGCUAAAUGUGAACAGACCAUUGUGAGAGAGUGAGUGUGAUUAAAGUGCUGCUGCUGAUUCUGUCCGCUAUAAAACACAAACUAACUACAGGAAAACACACGUAGCUAGAGGCUCCAACACUUCUCAUAUCCUACAUUUCUUCUGUGUUGUCGGUCCGUUGCUGCUCUUCGCUUUUCUUUUAGAGUCAGAAUGUUUGAAGGAGUUUUCAAAAAGUCUCUCCUGCUGUUGAGUUAAAAGUAAAACAAGAGGCUCGAGGAGGGAAUCUAAAUGUACAGAGAUGUUAAAGAGCGUGUUGGAUAAACGGUGGAUAUAUUUUUGUAUUUGUAUUUUUUAUGUCUGCUCAUAGGAAGUUUUUCUUUGUUAGUGAAUGUGUUGGACUUUCCCUUACUUCCUGUUUGAGGUCACAACUUCAGCUUUUUCUCAGUGACGUUAUUUAUAACAUACAGACACACAGAUUCGGUUCACAGAGCCCACAGCUGCUCUUCGUCCCGUUUGAUUUUGCAGCGUCAUUACAAAAAAAAACGUUCAGAUGUCCCUUUUUGGAAGUUUAGAGCUCUUAAAUUUGUUUUAUUUUUUUUUAAUGAAACUUUGUGCACUUUCCUGUAUUUGGCUGAAGCACUUUGUUAGACGACUUUAGGUCAAAGCUUUGCAACAUUCAUGUCUCUGAAAUCUUGUUUGUAAAAUAAAUAAAAAUGUGUUUGACCACUAGA